AGCCAAUGUGGAUAGAAUUUUCUGGCCAUGUGUCUGUGCCAGUCCUGCUCUAAUGAGGGCCUGGGCUCCCAUUGGAGCUCUCAGUCCUUUCCUUACUUCUCAAAGUCUUCUUGUCAGUGUUAAUCUUCUCAAACCAUGAUAAUCUGUGUGACCUGACCAGAGUCCCUCUCUGCAGUCAGUGCAAAGAGACCUUUGCCUCCAGAGCAUGGGGACAUGCCAAGGAUGUAGGCAUGUCAUGGGGACAUGCCUCAAUGGGGCAUGCCAAGGAUGUAGGUGGUGAUUUGCUCUUGAGGAGAGAACUUUUUGCUUGGGCUAGAAAGGGAAAUUGGCUGCUUGAGCAAGAGGUGCCCUGUCCUCAUUCCCACUGCCUGUGGAGCCUGUCCUGUGGCAGAGAGCAGCUGCUGCCAGGAAAGAGGAUCCCAGCCUGCCUCCACUGAAUUUGCCCACAAUGUCCAGUGCAGUUUAAGAUUGUAAUCUACAGGAGGGGAAUCUCGAGCUCCAUUCAGGGUCACAGCAGAAGUGUCCACUCAUGAAAUAUCUUAAUUUAUUGAUGCAACAGAAUAUCUCCAGGACAGGUGGGCAGUGAUUACCCCUGAGAUGGGAGACAACCCUGGUACAUCACUGAGCUGCUUUUUAAAGUCAUUUGGGAAGGAAAAAGAUGCAGAGGUUCACUUGUGACCAGUUUUAACCAAGUGUAUAACAAAUCAUAGGAAAAAAAUCCUGCUUGAUAGUCAUUCUGCCUACUUUUUUGAGGCCAAGUUGCUCAGGACCUGGUGACAUAAUUAUUGUCAUUGUGGUGGUCUGUAUGGGUGGCAGGGAGGCAGGGGGACCUUGGGGCUGCCCUUCAUCUGUUGGCUGUGCCAUUGCCUCCACACGAGGUCACCAAAGCUAUUGCAAGUCUAAUAUUUCAGGGAUUCUUCUGGACAGCAGUUGGUGCCUCCCUGAUUCAAUGUCCCAUUGUAGUUCACCAGAGAAUAACACAAUUAUUUGGAUCAGUUUGGAAAGUCACUCUUUGAAUUGUCAGGCAAGAAGAAUAGGCUGAAGGCAAAUGUUCCUGAUUUGGAGGUAUUGGGGUAUUGUACCAGGGAAUGAGGCCACAGUACCUCUGUGCCAUUAGUGUCCAUUUUCAAGAUGAUUUGUAACUAACAAUGGCCUAUUGUACUUUUCUUGGGUCUGUGUCCUAAAGUAAAUGUUCUUUUAGUUUAUAUAACCUUUUUGCCAUUUUCUGCUCAGGUGUUUCUUCAGAACAUGCUGGUUUACACUUGUUUAAGUGGUACUUGGUUAUCCUCAGGGAUAAGACCUGGAUAAUUUUUUUUUUCUUGUGGACUUUGGCAGCCUUUCACUUGGACUGUGCCCUGACCGCUGGCUUUUGCAAGCCUUUGCAGUAAAGCUGUCAAGAGCCAACUCAAUGGCAUUAUCUUGGCACAGCCAAAGCCUCCUCUGUGGGGCUCAUUGUCUGGUGACACCAAAGGCAAACAAGAAUUCAAGGAGGCACGAAGUUGAGAUUAAGUCAGAGCCAUCCAAGGAAGCAGCCAAAGGGGUUAGAGGACAGAGGUUUCCACACAGGACUCACCAGUAGGUUUUGUGUUGAAGUACAUAAUGGAAUAAAUCACUAAAACUGGGCCAGGAAAUGGGAAAAGCCUGACAUUGGAGUUUAAAUAUCCCCCAGGCUCAGGGGGUGUUUUAUGAAGCAAUAUAACUAUAAAAAUAGGGCAGCCUUCUCAGGGACAGCGUGGUUUUCUGUGCCUUUGAGUUGUUUUUCAGCUGUUCCAUGGUUACUUACUGAGUGUGUGUUACUUAGAUGAUUUCUUUCUGCUUUGUAUUGGAAAUGGCCUCAAGUUGCACCAGGGGAGCUUUAGAUCAGAUGUUAGGAAAAAUUUAUUCAUGGAGAGGGUUGUCAAGCACUGGAAGAGGCUGCUCAGGGAAGUGAUUGAGUCACUGACCCUAGGGAGAUUUAAAAAAUGUAUAAAUGUGGUGCUUCAGGACAUGGUUUAGUGGUGGCCUUGGCAAUGGUAAUUGUUAGACUUGAUGAUCUUAAAGGUCUUUUCCAACCUAAACAAUUCUAUGAUGAGGCAAAGACAAGCCCAUUCCAGAGAGAACUUUAAAUUUCUGUGGCUUAGGAGAGAGGUAGAACAAUCCCAGGUUUCAAGUGCCACUAAGAGACUUGAAAGGUGAUGUCAAGGCACAGUGGACUGAGCUGGGUGGGCACAGACAGAGGAGUGGCUGGAUGAGUGGAUGUUACUGUGGUGGGAAAGAGAAAGAGGUGACAGAAUAGUUAAAGCUGGAAGGGAUCCUUGGAGGGCAUCUGGUCCAUCCUCCCCUGUCAAGAAGUCCCCAGUCACCUUAUGAGCUCAGUGCUUGCCAAGCUGCAAACAGCAGCCAUGGCUGUGUGGGUGACAGAUGCUUUAGUGCUGCUCCAUCCCUGCUCAGGUGCAGGAUGGGGCAGAGCACUGGGACUUUCUUACUCACCUUGAGCUGCCUGAGCAGUUCAAAAUAGGCAGGUUUAUCUCAAAAACCAUUCCACAGUCAUGCUGGGAAAGCUUGGGUUUUAACCUGGAAAGAGGCACUGAAAGGAUCAGAUCCAAGCACAGACUUAGUCCUGCUUUGGUGAACUCUUAUUUUUGCUCUCUUGCCAUGAACAGCAGCGGUCUUAUAUCUUCAGUCAAGGAUGAAGCGAAGGGAAAAAUGACUUUGCAGAGCCUGCUAUGGCUGCAGCUCGAGGCAUCUGAAAUCUGGAAUGCAGCUGGUGCCACCCCAGAGGCAGCCUUGGCAGCUGCAGCCCUUGGCUCUGGGGAGGGGGAUGGAGCUGCCAAGGCUGGACCAACUCUGACGUGUUUCACACUGCUGACCAUCCAGCCUCAGGAUCUCACCUGUAAAUGUACCAGAACAUAUCACAGAGGCCAUGUUUUAAAAAUAUAAAUGUCCUCUCUCUUUCCGUGUUUGUCUGACUUAUCUUUACAGUGUUAUCAAUGUUUUCUGAGUCCACAGUCAUUUUUCUUGCAACAAAAAGAGGGGGAAGAAUGAGGCAAAUCAUUUGAAUUUUGAUAAGUGGAAUGUGGAAAACAAUACUUAGUCCUUUCAUAUUGAGCUGGGAGUUUUUUUCACCUUAUAUCAGCACUCACACAUCUGCAACUUGAAAAAAAAGCCCCACAACUUUUCCUGGAGUGUGGCUGUGCCUAAACUUCCUUCAAACCCAUUAUCUAAAAAUCUGUGCCUUUCAAAAUUAUGUCUGCUGAUAAUUUGCCUUGGUUUAGCUAUUUUUUCAUGUGCUGCAUUUGUUAGUGAGGCAUGUGGAUGGGCUCAGACACUCUGUCACUCUCUUGAGGGAUGCUGGAGAGUGACAAGGCUCAUCCCACUGAUUUUUAAAUAUUCAUUUCAGAAGAAUAUUUAAAUUAUUUUUAAAGCAUUUUUAUAACCAUAUGUUCCUCAAAAAAAAAAUAUCUAGAAAUAAUUAUUCAAACUCAUUGUAUCAAUUGCACCAUCCUAUUUAACUGACAGUUGGCAAAGAAAACAGUUUGGGAACUUAAAAAUUUUCCCCAGACCUCUGCAUUUAAAGAAAUAUAUAGCCCUUUUAUGCACCCAUUUCAUCCAUCAAUAUGUUCACACUCAGGCUUGUUCGUUCUCUUGCUGUAAUUUAAUGUUUGAUACAGUUUUAUUUGAUUCUUUGCCAUGCCCUGGGCUCUGGUUGCGUGCUCUCCGUGGAUCAACGAGUAGAGAGGCAAAAAGCAGAGAGCAGCAGUGGAAGGAGCCUGUCUCCAGCUGGCAGACAUCCACACAGCCCAGGAGGGGUUUCCACAUUUUCACCAGCUGAGGCAGCCCUGGAGGGACCAUCUCGUGAGCAGAGUGGGAGCAGCAGCCUGCAGACUCCAGACACCUCCAGCAUGACCAGGGCAGGGCUUCUGGUGCUCCUCUCCUUCGCGCUUUGCUGCGCCCCAGAUACUGCCUUUGGGAUUGAGGUGGACUGCAGUACCUAUCCCAACACCACGAAUGAGGAGGGCAAAGAGGUGCUGGUCUGCAGCGAGGCCGUCAGCCCCAUCUGCGGCUCCGAUGGCGUCACCUAUGGCAACGAGUGCCUGCUCUGUGCCUACAACGUAGAAUAUGGAACCAAUGUCAGCAAAGACCACGACGGAGAGUGCAAGGAAGUUGCCCCCGUGGAUUGCAGCAGGUACCCCAACUCAACCAGUGAGGAGGGCAAAGUGGUGCUGCUGUGUGACAAAGACAUCAGCCCCGUCUGUGGGACCGACUGGGUCACCUACGACAACGAGUGCCUGCUCUGCGCCCGGAGCCUGGAGGCUGGAAGCAGUGUGGGCAAGAAGGCUGACGGUGAAUGUAAGAAGGAAAUUGUCGCAGUUGACUGCAGUGACUACCCCAAACCUGUCUGCUCACUCGACUACAUGCCUCUCUGUGGCUCUGACAACACAACAUACAACAAUAAGUGUAUCUUCUGCAACGCAGUCGUGGACAGCAAUGGGACUAUCACUUUAAGCCAUUUUGGAAAAUGCUGAGUAUCAGUGCCAAGAGAAUUCACCACAGGAUCCCCACUGGAAACUCCCAGAUAAAGAUCUGACCUCAGUUCAUCUCACCCUCUGGGGAACUCAGCUCACUCCCGAUUUUAUUUCUCAAUAAACUAAAUCAGCAACA